UGAAGAAAGAGAUCACAUUGAACCAGAGAGAAUUUGUGAGAUAAGAAAAGUAAGGAAAAAGAAAGAAACAUGGGUUACUCGCAGAAGAUGAUGUUGGUAGUGAUGAUCUUGGGUGUUUUAAUGGUGGAAGAAAUCAGUGCACAAAAUAUACCAACUUGUGCAGCAGCUUUAGUACCAUGCGGUGAUUAUUUGAACUCCACAAAACCACCGGAAUCAUGCUGUAAACCACUUAAAGACACAAUUAAGACUCAGAGAAAAUGUUUAUGUGAUUUAUAUCAAGAUCCAACAAUAUUACCUGGUUUUGGUAUCAAUGUUACUCAAGCACUUAUGCUUCCCACAUACUGUGGUGUUAAAGAUUCAGUCAAUCUUUGCUCUAAAGCCGAAGCUCCAGCUCCAUCGAGUACUACUACUACUUCUCCCCCUCCUUCAGGUGUCCCUGGUGGUGGCGGCAAAAACGGAGCUACUCAGAUGGCAUGGAUUGGAUUUUCCAGCAUAGCCUUAUUCUGGGCAGCACUUUUGGCUUACUAGAGAAUGUUGAUCGUACUAAUUUGUGCUUCAAAUUUUCAAACAUGUGAUGAGGAGGGUCAUUUUAAUUCAGUUCAGUACUGUGUUUUUCUUAUUCUGAUUCAUUUGAAUAAAUCAGUGUGCCAUUUAUAUUUCUAUUGGUUGGGCGAGUGGCAUUGUUGUUGAGACUUGUUGUGUUGGUUGAAAACAUUUAUGAAUCAUCAUCAUUCAUGACAUAUUUGCUUGGAA